CUUUCUGUGAACCGGAAACAAAUGAUACCGUUUGACCCAUACACACGUUGUUAUCAAGCAUGGCGCCAGGAGGGAAGAUCAACAGACCAAAAACAGAAUUGGGGAAGAAGCUCUUCAAGAGGCGGAGGCUUCUAUCAAAACAGAAAAGGAAGAAGCAUCGCAUUGUCGGAGCAGUAGUGGACGAAGGCCUCAUCACAAAACACCACCUGAAGAAGAGGAGCACCAGCUCCAGGGCAAACAUCACCCUGUCAGGAAAGAAGAAGAGAAAACUGCUCAAGCAACAGCAGUAUAUGGAGAAGGAGAAGUCAAGCAUGGAAGUGGAAAUGGAAACGAAGAAGAGGACGUCCGCACCACGGCAGCGGAAGCAAAAGAAAAAUGGCAGCUCGUCUGCUGAUGUGGAAAUGCUGGAUGUGGAAUAAGUUAACUUUACUGGAAGUUGCGGUGCCUUCUUGUGCCUGGCAAAAUGAACUGAUAUAAGGUCAUUUGUUAUUAAGGGUGAGAGAGUGGUACGGAAUGCUGACUUCAUUGUGCGUCCAAAUAUCAGCCGAACGGCAGUAGUAUAACCUUUACGGCAGUUGGUUUAAAAGGUUCUCACUCUUUGUGCGCGUGCGUGUGCACACUUGUCUUGAGUGUUGUACACACUUGUCAUACAGCUUAAUUGCAAUUAUAGCACACGUUACAAAAUUUUAUUUAAUGCUGCUAUGCUGUAUUUUUCUACAUAUCUACAUUUUUCCAAAACCUCCUAGAAUAGCCCAGUUAUGGCUUGAUGUGUAUGAGUUCAUUUUAAUUCUUUGAAACUGAUCAUUCUCACAUCACCCACUGAAGUGAUUUGAAAUGUGUGAUAUCUGUUAAUCCACCAGCCUUAAAUCUCCUUUUUACCUUCAUAUUGCUUUUAUUUUGGUGUGCCUUCAUUUUCUGUGACCUUUAUGAAAGGAUGGAACAGGAAGAUCUUUAUAUUGGGAGAAUCAACAGCAGUUCAUGAGAGUAAAGAUUAUAAAGCUGACAAGGAGAAAUAAGCAGAGUAGAUGGCAGUUCUGUCAUGUUGGUGAAUUGCCCCCCUCCCCCCCACCCCGGCUUCAUGUUUUUCUCAAUCUUGUUUGGGAUAUCUUAAAUGUUUAUCUGAAUAAAGCCCAUCGGAAAUUGCACUAAUUCAGCACUGUCUGAUUAGGGGCUUUGUAUUCACAAAUUAUUUAAAUAAAAUCGCCACAGUACA